CUAUUAUCGGUGUGAGUGUGGGGAUGUGGCGGAGAUUGAGAAAUAGAUAUCCAUGAGUUUGUGUUUGCAGGCGAAGGCGUUGCCGGUGUGUGCGUGGAGAAGCGAUGGGAUAAGAAACAGGGCAGCUCCCAGCCCUAACCCUAUUCCACCCAGAGACCGCGUGAUAGGGUUCGGGCGGCACAAGGGCAAGAUGCUGGGAGCCCUGCCUUCAUCCUACCUCAAAUGGAUCUCCAAAAAUCUCAGAGCUAGGGACACGGAAGAGUGGGCCAUUUUGGCAGACCAGGUUCUGGAGGACCCGGUUUACCAAGACCGCAUCCAGUGGGAGUUCGCCCACAACCUUCUGAGCGGCGGGGAUGGGAGAAGGGGAACUGGCCGCGACGGCGUCGUUUCUGAGCUGUUGGAGAUCAGUGAUAGGUUUGGCUGGGAUUGGGACGGUGGCGCCCACGACGGCGGUUGGAGAGACGUUAACUUCGAGCUCUUGGGGACCUCUAAAGGUGGAAGAAUCCCUCGGCGAGGCGAUCCGACGGCGCAGAAGGUGUCGCCGGGCGGAGGCGGAGGCAGUGGCGGUGGCGGAAAAAGGAGCGAGAGAAGAGAUCGGCUGAGGGUGAAGCGAGAGAAAUCGAAGGGAGUGGUGGAGAGAAGUGAAACGGAAGUGGAGAACAAUCCUCUACCCACUCCCAAAGCUCAACCGGAUAAUCCGGUUACCGGGAUGAACCGUCGCUUCCCUGGUCGUCAAACUCUGCUAAACCGGUUUACCACAGCCAAAGCACAUUUAUUGGAUUAAAUUACCAAUUUUAACCUUAGAAAAUUAGAUAUGAAUUAAAUUUGUAAUUUUA